UCCUUAUCGGAGCCACCCUCACUCUCCGCCAUGGAUAGCCUCCGAGCCACUUACAAAGACGAAGAGGAUGAAGAAGACGAGGCACCACCUCCGCCACCAACCACCGCCGCAGCCACCGACGCCGAAUCACCGGAACCCCCUCCCGCCGCCACCAGUACCCCCUCCGACACCCCGACCGAGCCCCCCAACGACGCCCGAUCGGAGCCAGACGACGACCUCUCCGACGACGAGGCCGCCUCCGACGGCUCCAAGAAGUCGCCGAAGUCCGGCCGCGACGAGGGCGACGCCUCCGACGAGGAACCGCCGCCGAAGAAGCAGAAGCCGCUCUCCUCUCUGACGGCGGUGAAGGAGGAAUCGCCGUCUCCUGCGCCUCCGGAGGCGGCGGCCGCCGCUCCGGCGGCGAACGGCGCGGCGCCGAAGAAAUCGAAGAAGAAGAACAACAACGUGUGGGCGACGAAGUCGACGCGGAAGGGGAAGAAGAAGAACAAAGGCAGUAGCAACAACAACAACAACGGCAACAACGCGAACGGCGAGGACAACGUGCUGAUCACGCCGGUGCCGCGGUUCCCGGACAAGAGCGACGACACGUCGGAGAUGAAGAUUUGCCUCUCGAAGGUUUACAAAGCGGAGAAGGUUGAACUGAGCGAGGAUCGAAUGAGUGCGGGGAGCACCAAGGGUUACAGAAUGGUGAGGGCCACGCGCGGGGUCGCGGAGGGCGCGUGGUACUUUGAGAUUAAGGUUUUGAAGUUGGGGGAGAGUGGGCACACGCGCCUUGGGUGGAGCACUGAGAAGGGUGAUUUGCAGGCUCCGGUUGGGUACGAUGGGAACAGUUUCGGGUACAGGGAUAUUGAUGGGAGUAAGAUUCAUAAGGCUCUUAGGGAGAAGUAUGGAGAGGAAGGGUAUAAGGAAGGGGAUGUUAUUGGUUUCUAUAUCAAUUUGCCUGAUGGGGAAAAGUAUGCCCCCAAAGCUCCCCAUAUGGUGUGGUAUAAGGGCCAGCGGUAUGUUUGUGCUCAGGAUUCCAAGGAGGAUCCGCCCCAAGUUGUGCCUGGAAGUGAGAUAUCAUUCUUUAAAAAUGGCAUAUGCCAAGGUGUAGCUUUCAAGGAUCUUCAAGGUGGCCGUUACUAUCCUGCUGCUUCAAUGUUUACUCUUCCCAAUGAACCAAACUGCACAGUCAAGUUCAACUUUGGUCCUGACUUUGAAUGCUUUCCUGAGGAUUUCAAUGAACGGCCUAUUCCCAGGCCAAUGAUUGAAGUUCCUUAUCAUGGUUUUGACAAUCGAGUUGAAAUUGGAGAGGCUAAUGAGAAGAAAUCCUAGAAAGAGUGAUGAGGGUUGCAUUUAUUGUUAAGUUCAUAUGCACAGAUGGAUGGCUUCAUAUUCUACUUCAAUGUUUAGUUGGUAGUAAAAUUGAUUCACAAACAUUUAGAUUAGUGGUGUAAACUUCUGAAAGAGAGAAAUUGGCUACGUGAAAUACAUAAAAAAAUUUCAUGUGUUCAAUCAUAUGUAUUGUAGUUU